CACUGAGACGGCGAGAGGAAGCAAACACGGAGGAGAAAACCGACGAUUAGUCGCCGGAGAGAAGGAAGCAAUGUUUGGGCUGUCUUACGGAGAGAUUUUACUGAUCAUCGGCACCACAGCUGCUGUUGUUGGUCCCAAGGAUCUUCCGAUUAUAGCUAGAGCAGGAGGAAGAUUAUUCGGAAGAGCCAUUGGUUACAUCAAUAUGGCUCGUGGUCACUUGGACGGUGUCAUGAAACAACCUCAGAUGCAAGAGAUAUCGAAAGAAGUUCAAGAUUUGCGAGCACAAGUAGACGCUAUUAGCCAUGGAGCUAGAUUUUCUCUAUUUGAUUCUAGUCCUUUGACUCGUAGAGUGGACAACCAAGCUCCACAAUCUAGUCCAAGCACCAAUGGGAAUGUUACAUCGGUUCAUGUUGAGGAAAAACAGAAGCCUGCAGAUCAUUAUACAAAGGCUCAAGAAUUUAGUGGCUCUUCAGUUAACCUGCACGCUCAAGCAACAUCAUUUGCACGAUUAUCUGAGACGGUCAGUGGCAAGACGCACGAUCUAAGCAGUGAUUCACCUGUUCUUCCUGUAUCAGCUGAGAUGGCAAAGUUGCUUCCUCAACGCAAAGAGAGUGCAAGAGGAUCUGAUUUGAUGCUGGAGGCGGUUCUUGAAGCGGAAGUAGCACACAAGGCUAAAAGCUUUUUUGCAGAAGCCGAAAAAGAAACUCCGGCUUUAAAAGGGAAAUUUUUCACUGAUGGGAAAGGGGAAAGUUGAACUCCGGUACCGGUACGUAGCUUCAGUAGAGUGGCCCUUUUGUUAAAUGGGCCGAGAGCCUGGUCUCGGUCUGCUGCGGCAACAAGUGAUCAACUUGGUCAAUCUUGUAAUUAAUCCUGCAGAUUUAUAGGUUUUAGGUAAAUUUUAAUUCUUCUAAUUAAACCACUACAGUCUUUUAACUCUACUAAAGUACUAAUUGAUCUCAAGUACAUUCGAUUUUUAUUGUCUAACCAUCUUUAUCAUGGGUUCUAAUGGGUUUUCUGGCAGAUUUAUCCUGAAUUAGCAAGUCUCAUCGAGUGUUAAUUAUCCCAAAAACACUAAAAGUUGGCAUGUACAGUAUAACCGUGUAUCAAACAUUUGUAAUAUACAUAGGGUUACAGUUUUUUAUA